CAGAUAGGCAUCGGCGUAAGCACGAUCCUUGAAUCAAGCCAUGACCAAAUCCAAAUCGACUCGCCACACAACAGCUCCUACAGCAGCCAACGAAGACAUCCCCCUGUCGGAACAGAUUCGGCUCGCCCAAGCUAGCGGGAUUCUUCCUGCCGGAUCGCUACAACACCCUUCCUCCAUCCGCCAGAGAAAGCCCGUCACCGAACCUCUAGUCAGAAGAAUACCCUCUGAUCAUCAGGGGGCUACGAUCGAGGAGAUCACCCUGGGUGAGACCGGCACUGAGGAACAGCAGUACGAUAGCGACGAGGACUACGCCGACAAUGGUGAGGUUGAAGUCGAUGCCGAGGACCUCCCGAACGUCCCUUGGAACCCAGAAACGUCACCCAACACCAUGAAGAUCCCGACGGGUAUCAAACGACCUCGAAGCUCCGAUCGCGAACAGACAAUAACGCAAGAGUUGGACUUUUCGGAUGAGGUUUUCAUCACGAUCAUGUACCUCAUCCCGCUGGCGUCCCUUUACCUGUUAUUCGAUAUCUUGGCGCACCAGUCCUUCAAUCGAGAGCCCGGGUGGACGCAUUAUACCAAGAGGCUCAGCUCAGCCAUCCCUACUAUCGCCAUCCUCGUAUUCAUCACUAACCGCUACCAAGCCCACCCACUCACAGCCCCGCUUUUGAUGCUGACCUCGUUCGGCGCAGGAUGCCGGUUGUUCUGGAUAAUGAACAAGUCGAAUUGGUUGACGGUAAUGAAACAGGCAGCCCCGGUGGUCACCCUCUGGAUCUUGUCAGUCGUGCAACUACCGAUCGGAAAGCUUAUGAUCUCGUUGAUGGCAGUGCUCGCAUGGUACUGGUGGAACGGGUUCGAGUUUGCUCUCUCCCUCACCUAAUCACGGCCCAACGAGGAAUAGCGGAGGCUUGAGAAUGUGGCUCGGCUGCUUAUGAUCCUCUUAACGAUUUCAUGAACCUUUACGAUAUACAUGCAUGGGGU